AUGGUGAACAACACUCUUUUUUAUUCAAAGAUUAGAGCAGGUGUGGAUGGAGAGGCUGAUGAUGACAAGCAGUGUCUGGUCCAGGAACAAAAGGCUUGUCGAGCUCGAGCCCGUCAAUACUCCCUGGAAACAAACCGGCGUAGAAAGGUGCUGGAGGACAAGAGAAGACAGCAGGACAUUAAGGAGCAGAGGCUGAGGGAGAACAUCCUCCAGCAGCGUAAGCAGAGACUACAGGAAGCUACAGAGCGUUUUCAGAGAGCUCACCUCCCUCCAUCUCAGAGAAGACCAGGUCAGCCUCACUCCACGAGCACAAGAGCACCAAACUUGGAUGAAGCACUUAGUCAUAUUCAGGGGACCCAAUUCUCCUACAUUCAUCCCUCUUCAUUCAUACCUGGCACCACAACCAUCAGCAGGAAUUGCAUUCCCUCCCCUAAACCCCCAGAGGGCUCCAGCAGUCCUCGCAACUUGCAUGCAGUUUCUACAGCUCAGGCCUAUGCCAAGCUCAUGCAGGAAAGAAGCAUGGGUGAUUUCAAAACCAACCCGCUCCGUUUCAUCAACCAGCUGCAGGAGAAUCUACCAAAGGGCCUAGAAGAACUUCGAACAGAGGAGCACAGUGACACUCAAAUUAGCCAUUCGGAAAGCCUGGACAGCCUGGAGAAUGAGGUUCCUCAGCAUGGUCAUGGCAGUAAACCUGACAGUUUGGAUCUCCCAGAGGUCCAUGAUACCAGAAGUCCAACACUACUGCAGAGGCAGUUAAACUUCCCAAGUCCAUCAUCUAACCACUGUCCACCAAAGAGUGUCUACCCGGUCAAGGUAGUAAGUCAGCAGGGCCUGCCUAGUUCUUCCAGUUCCUCAUCACCUUCACCUGUGAAAGAUGAGUCAGCAGAUGAGGUUCAGAAUGUCCAGAAUGUCUUUAAAAAAGCAAAGCAGUGCAAUGUAACAGCCUGGUCCAAAACUUCCAACAUUCAAGCUACUAUCCCUUGCCAAAAGCAGGUGUUUGCAACUAAUUCAGGACACACAGAGCACCAGUAUGGCACAACCAUUCAGGAGAACAUAUCGAGGAACAAAAGCACAGUAGAAGCCCACUGCAAAAAGCAGACAGUGUCAGAUACUAUACAUCUGGAAGAUUCUAACAUUGCUCAACAGUCCAACUCUGAUUAUGGUGAGCUCUCUAAAUGCACUAAGCAUCUGUCAGAGAUGCAAGCUGCUCAUAAAGCCAGUGGAUGUAUAUACAGCAGUGCUUCUGAUAUGAACAAAGUCUCUCCCAGUUUGGAGAACCCAGCCUUACAGCCAGCAGAAGCAAAGAAAUCUUUCCAGCCCACUAAGGGGAGACCAGAUGAAGACGAUGUUCUAGUUCUCGAGAGGAGAACCCAACUUGAGAACUCUGAGAAAUAUAAGAGAGCAGAACAUCCAAUCUUAGCCAGUGAAUAUAGUGAUAGCAGACUGGCAAAGGCCAUUUUGCCUAAGCCUUCCAAAAUGGCAGAGGAACUAGACAAAACAUCAGCGGACACUUUGAGCUCCAAAGCAGCAAUUGACCCCAAAAGCAGAAAUGUACAAUUUAUGAAAGGAAUCCUUAAGAAAAAGCUCAAGUGUAUAAGGAAUGGAGAUGCCAAAUUGAAUUACACUCCAGGCCAUUUUACUUUCAGCAAACAAAUGGCCAUGACUAUUCAGGACAGUUUGGAACUCAGUCGGUCUAAAUUCAGGGACCUGGAAAUCAACAAGUGCAUUCAGAAGAAACUUCGCUGGUUUGACGAGAUGAAUAGCGAUAGAGGAGAAAAUAAGGAAAUGGUGACAAAAGAAUUAAGCAAGCAGGCAGAAACUGAAAACAGACUAACUCAACCACCUCAACAGCCUUUAGUGGACCAGAAGCAGGGAUCAUUCCAUUCAUGGUAUAUGAACACACCCUCAGGCACAACAAAAAACAAUAAGACUUCCUCUAGCCCGGCUGACUCCAACUCAACCAAACAAGCCUGGCCAGAUGUUGGUCCCCAGAAAGGAAAGCAGCAUGAACCCACAGGGGAAUCCAGAAUGAAAAAGGCAGUUUCCUGCACUACUGAACUUUGGGUUCCUCAGCAGGUGCACUCAGCCGGAACCGGCUCAGUCACCAUUUCAUCCCAGGCACGGAGGGGUACCACAAUGAGGCCACAAUCUUCCAAUCAGGUUCAACAUAUGCUCAGAACCCAAGGGAAGAUCCUGGUGCCUCGGCCUCCUCCAAGAUCUGAGCUAACUGGGGGGAACUCAGGUCAGCCCGUGAUAUACAUCACUAAAACAGGCAACAAUGAUGAGUGUUCCCAAGGUAAAACAUGCCUAGCAGUGGAGCAGGUUCUUUAUAAGGACAAUCCAGAAGGACAGCCUGUACUUCAGCGCCACCUUCUCAAAACUGAUGAAGGCACUAUAUUGGCCCCAGUUCCCCCCUCAUAUGCCUGCAUGUAUGAGACUAUGUCUAAAGGCAUCAUUACUUUCUGCCAACCAGACGGCCAGGUAGACAGCUGCAGUAAUGGCUUUCGGAAAGGUUUCUUGGAUCGUACACCAACUGAUGAUGAGAUCUCACUGCUAUGGCAUGGAGUACGUAGUGCCUUAGUCAACAAAAAUGGUGACUCUCGAAGCUUGCAGACUAACAAUGGACCGUUGUCUGUUUUGCCUCAAACUCAUGCCAAUUUGUCCCAUGUUACCAUCAGUGGUGAUGGCCUGUUCAGUGGUGUCAAAGCAGUUGCAAGAACGGGUGGCGUUUUCCUGUCACCUUCCAAUGUGAGAAGACCUACUCUGGAGAAUAAUAUGCCGAAAAACAGAACUGCAGCAUUAGGUUACAGGAAAGCCCCCGUUCUUUAUCAGGCUCCAGUGCCAAUAACUGCAAGCAAAACUGUCCAGAUGUUCCAUGAUCAAGGUUCUGAGGUGAUAGAUGGUGAUAAGCAGGUCGCUGUAGACUCGGCUCAGUUCCAAAGACCUGUUGAGUCCCUGCAGUCACGGCGAGGCCUCAGUGCUCUCUCCCUGGAGGAACAGAAACUCUUGCAAUCUCUCAAUAGACUCAACCACCGCCUGCAGUAUGUACAAGAUGUGGCUGCAGGAAAUCCAGCAUUAAAGGGCAUCGUUAACUUGGACCCUGUAUAUAACCAGUCUCCCCAGCCUGGCAAGCGUUCAUGUGCCACCCAGCGCAGGCUGAGACAAACACUUCAGUGCUGUAUUGACCUCCUGAUGGUGUCCCCAAAACCACCCCCACACCUCUCCAUCCUUCUCUUCUUGGGACAGCAUGGUGGGUGGUCCAGCAGGGAUCAGAGACACUACAGGUCUGCAUGGACACUAUAGCACAAUUACAGCACUUUAAAGUGCUAGUCUAACAAAAACUACAUCAUAAAAUCCUGGGUUUUCUGUGUGUGAUAUGCUCAAAGAGGUUGUAAAGUUCACCGAUCAAUAAAAAAUUGGUUCGAA